AUGAGCUGCGUGUACGAUUGGCUUCCCACAUGCAUCAUCACCGUCGUUGUCAUCGUCGUCGUUACGUCGAUGCGCUCACUAACUGCUUCGGCAAAAUGGGACGGAGCUGCUUCGGAGUGUCCUGAGUUCGUGGAUGCUGCACCACCCGACUUGAGAAAUGCAGUUGAGGUCAAGGAGGCGAGGCGAGUGUCAUGGGCUGCAGUGGCAUUCCGUUGGUUGCAAUCGGGUUCUCUGGGGUGUGCUGGUGCCGCCGGGGAGGGGGCAACGCGGUUGAACCCAUGUCGCUUUUCGCAGCCUCGUCGUGGCAUUAAACAGUGGCAGAAGUGCAUUGUCAUUGUCAGUACACACGACGUAAAUGGGAAUCAAGUGCUCAUGAGAUGGGGCUGCAGAGAAUCUGAGAGACGUGGCGCAACAGGUACUCCCUGGAUGUGUUUUACUGCUGACAUUGGAAGUCAGUUGUCUGCUCUUUCCAACUGUGACCAAGUGACCUUUGUUAGACGGAUUGGUCUGGAAUUGGACGCUGUACCUGUGACUCUCUUACUUGGCAGUUUCUGUUUUUCCGAUCCCCAUCUCUGCCUUCUGCUGCUAUUUGUCCCAGGCUUGGCCGUUCGGGCAGCAGGCCACUUCAGCACUCCACCUCAGCCCAAUCGCCGCGAGGUUGGUCUGGCUGCAAACCAGCUUCUGAUGCACGUACCACGCCUGUCUCAGAAGUUGCGUCGAGGUGAGGGGGUCGGCGGUGGACCGAUGGGUCGAAUCUCUUGGCUCCGGCGUUGUGUCAGCUCUCUCAUGGACGAGGAGCGCAUUGAGUUGCCGUGGCCCACUGCUACCGAAACACGUCAGUACGCUGAAAGGCUUAUUCAAGAAGCCGUGCGCACCGAGCUGCUCACCGGUGAUUUGUCGCAGGCGUUGUCGUUGGACGAGUUGCUCCAGCCGCCGUGGAACGAGUAUCCAGAACUUGCUGCACUGCUAGAGUUGUCCGCGUUUUGGCUUCAAAAACCAGAACUAGUGCUGAAACUGCUAAAGGCUAAAUGUCAUCGACAAAAUAAACCUUAUUCAGUCUGCAUCAGUCGCUUUUUUCACCGGCAGGUUCUCGUUCCUCGAUAUCGAUUUUAUAAUCGGUCGUACACUCGAAUAUACAGAUUGCAGCGUCCGCCACAUCCGAACCCACACGCAUUUAUUGCUGACGGCUUCGGCGUCCUUGAACUCCGCGGGAAUCCCUGGCCACUAAUUGGAAAGCCGCAUUUGCCCAAACGCGCCGCUGAUCAGGCCGGACCACUUUCCACGGAGCCAUAUAAGGAUAAGUACUUUAUAAAUGUUCUGGUCACUGCUGCCCGCGAGGCUAGCAGGAAUUGUUCUUCUGUCCAUUUGUUCUCUUUCGAUCAACUUUCAGAAAUCCAGAAGACCUAUCAACCACAAAUUGUUGAAAAUUCGGAAUUGUGUCGGAUUCUUUGGCGGAAAGCAUUGGAGGAAAGGAAAAGUGCAAGGCCCAGCAGAACAUUUAGCAUGAUCCUUCCUCCUCCAAAUAUCACUGGCGAUCUUCAUCUCGGUCAUGCUUUAACUGCCUCCAUUCAAGAUGCCAUUUGUCGUUGGCAGUGCAUGCGGGGGUGUGACGUUGCCUGGGUACCGGGACUUGACCACGCCGGUCUAGCCGCAGAAAUGGUCGUUGAAAGAAAUCUGGCAAGGAAAGAAAAGGCGCCUCUAUCCAACCCUCGUCUUACUCUUGGCCGCGAAGCCUUCCUUAAGGAGAUGUGGGGGUGGAUGGAGUUGAAGAGGACCGCAAUAUUGGACCAGUUGAACCGCUUAGGCCUCACAUUGGACUGGAGUGCCGAAUAUUUUACCCUUAGUCCUCAACAUAGUAAAUCCGUGAAUGAGGCUCUUUUUCGCCUCAGUGAAGCCGGUCUGGUGUAUCGUGCUCAAAACCUCAUUUCGUGGUGUAGUUAUCUUCAGUCAGCCAUUUCGGAUAUCGAGGUCGAUCACAAACAAAUUACGGAGCGCACCAUGCUGUCUGUUCCUGGAUAUGCAACGAAGCAACCGUUCGGAUAUGUCGACGUGUUUGACUACAAACUGGCGGAUGGAUCAGGACGUGUCCCGGUUGCUACGACACGCCUUGAGACCAUGCUCGGCGACACCGCACUAGCUGUUCAUCCCGACGAUGUCCGAUUCUCUCGUCUGAUAGGAAAAUUUGUCGAACAUCCCUUCUUUAAGAACCGUGUGAUUCCAAUUAUCGCAGAUUCCAAGCAUGUCGAUCCGAAUGAGGGCACAGGCGUAGUCAAAGUGAGUCCCGGACACAGUGCUGUUGAUUUCGAGAUAGCUGAGGGUGGUAUGAAGCUCAAGGUAAUUAACGUACUCGCAAAUGACGGAAGCCUGAAAGAUUGUGGAGAAUUCUCAGGCCUUCCCCGGUUCGUAGCGCGACAGGAACUUGUUGAGCGAUUAACCGAAAAAGGCCUCUACCGAGGACGCUUUAGUGUUGGUGAGGCCACAGAAUUUCUGGCCACGGUAGCGCCCAUAAGUCUUCCGAUUUGCUCUCGAUCGGGUGACAUCAUCGAACCCCUUCUGCGUGAACAAUGGUUCAUUGACACGAGGACUAUGGCCGCCGCGGCCUCUGAGGCGGUUGAUGCUGGCGUGUUGCGUAUAUCACCGCGCUUUCACGAGGCCACUUGGCACGAUUGGCUGGCGCCUGAACGACACCGUGACUGGUGUAUCAGUCGUCAAGUCUGGUGGGGUCACCGAAUGCCCGCCUACCGGAUACCUCUGGAGUUAAAAGAUCGUUGUCCUUCAAUUCCUUCGACGAAAGCUGCUCACUUGACGAAUUUAAUUUCAACCACAUCUGAGUGGGUGGUUGCUCGGGACCUCGAGGAAGCCCGUAGGUUGAUCGCCGGUCGGUGCAAUUGCAACGUCACUGAAGUACCUUUGAACCUGGAACGAGUCCCCUACUACCCCAGUUCAAUGAGGUUCGGUUUUCGACCCUUCGCUGUAAACUUCCUCAUUGGGCUAUCAACAUUUCCCAUUUUAGACACGGACGUCUUAGACACUUGGUUCAGUUCUGCUUUGCUUCCCUUCACAACCUUCGGCUGGCCACAGGAAGACCCUGAAUUGACCCGCAGCUACCCCUUGGAUUUGAUGGAGACCGGCCAAGACAUCCUGUUCUUCUGGGUUGCGAGGAUGGUCAUGCUCGGAGUUCACCUUACAGGCCGUGUGCCCUUUAAGCAUGUUCCAUUCUAUCCGACUUUGCUCAUACCCCAGGUCUUCCUUCAUGGUCUUAUUUGCGAUGCUAAUGGACGUAAGAUGUCGAAGAGCAAAGGCAACACAAUCGAUCCCCUCAAAUUGAUUGAUGGUGUCGGCAACUUGAAGUCACACCAACUUGGGCACGAUGGUGGAGUCGUCUCACUUGGCGCGGACGCACUACGGGCUUCCCUGUUGGCCACUGAUUUCAGUCGUCCGGCCAUCGCCUAUGCAGAAGAAAACGCCCUCGACUACCGACGAUUUGCCAAUAAGACGGCCGGUGUAUCGAUCUUGGAUGACUGGAUUCUUCUUCACGCAGCUCAAUUGGCGCGUCAGUUUAACGCGUCCUACGAGAGCCUUUGCUCGGGGGACUCCAGUGGGGAGGGUUUGCACAAUUGUAUCAUUGAUUUUCGAUAUUGGUGGACCGAAGAGCUGUGCUCGGUCUAUCUUGAAGUGGUCAAACAACGAUUAAGGAAAAAUUGCAGCAGUCAAGACCUAGAUGUCUUUGUUGCGUGUUGUUUGUGUGGUCUUCGUCUACUUCACCCUCUUAUGCCGCAUCUCUCCGAGACCCUCUGGCAGUCGCUCCUCAGGACAGAGAGGUCCAUUCUUCUUGAAGCGUUUCCUCAGGUACCGAUUGCGCAAGACAACCUAGACUUUUCGGAGUCACAUUUUGUCAAGGAAUCCCUUAAUACGGUGUCUCGCAUCAAGUCUUGGCGUGUAUUGCUUGGUUUGGGCAAAACCUACAAGGGGGACAUUGGAGUAUCGGGUCUACCGACUGACUCAAGACAGCAAGAGGCCGUCAGAGAGCUCUGUUCAGCACUCGCUAACUUGCAGCAGAUCGACUCCGAGACAAUGCAACUGACCAGUAUUCCUUGCGGGGCUGGGAUUUCGCUCACUUUUCAGUCAAAGGAUGUGAACUUCGAUGAAGCCGAAAAAAUACUUCGAUCUCGGCUAUCAAGUCAAAUCAAGAAGGCCGACGCUUUGAAGUCUAAAAGAAAGGACGGUGACCAAGGUUGCAAUCUUUCACGCUCGGAGACUUCCAGGGUAAUAUGUGCUCCUUGA